AGUAGUUGUCAAAGCUCAAGUUUUGCCAUUCAAUUAUUAUUUUUUUAUAUUUUCUUUGUUCAAAUUAUUUACUGUCAAUUUUCAUGCCAAGGGAAUUAUGGGAUUAACUAAAGAUUUCUUAAAAUUUCAACAAUCGGGCUCUUUUAAUUUACUCGCCUCUCCAAAUGGAAUGGUUCAAUUUGUUGAUAGUGUUACUUGUGCUGUUGCUGCGGCUGAAAACGUUUCUUUUUACAAUAUGCGAACAUUGGCAAAGACAAAACAAAUGCGUUUUGAAGGAAGAAUCGUUACUUCUUUUGCAUUGACGAAGGAUAAAUCGAAAAUUGCUAUUGGGUAUGAUAAUGGUUCUAUACAUUUACAUAGAAUUGAGGAUGAAAGUCCCCCGAUUGUUUUUAAUGGACACAAAACAGGAGUAAAUUGUUUGACUUUUAGUGACGAUGGUUUUAUAUUGGCUAGUGGAGGAAAGGAUUCGGUUAUUGCGCUCUGGGAUGUGUUGAAUGAAUCUGGUAUUUGCAGUUUAUUUGGCCACAAAGGAACAAUAACUCACCUGCGUUUUGUACAGAAUGGAUUAUAUCUUGUUUCGAGCUCUAAAGAUACUCAGAUUCGCUUUUGGAGUAUUUUAAACUACUGUUGUUUUUAUUUACUUGCUGAAAGUCAAUCAGAAAUAUAUUCAUUUGCUCUUUUAAAUAAGGAGAAUUUAUUAGUUGUUGCAAAUUCUGAAAUUGAAUUACUUGUAUUUGAACUUAAAUGGAAUAAAAAAAUUAAAGAAGAGAAUGAUGACGAGGAAAUAUUAGAUGAUUUGAAUGUAAAGAGAAUAUGUUCAGAAGAUGUUAAUGAUAAUGAAUUAAUAAAAGAGGAUCAAGCAAAUAAAGUUUUACAGUGCAAAAAACGCGGUUCACUCUUACGACAGGCCAAAGGUCGCGCACUUCAAUUAAGUGUUUCUAGUGAUGAGUCUAUUUUAUGUUGUGUAGGUGCUGAUUCUUUGGUUGAUAUUUACAGAGAAAAUAAUAACGAUUUAUCUACUCAAAUGUUAAAAUUGGAAAGUGAAGUGCGCAAAGAUAUUACAACAAUUAUUGCUAGGAUAGGUGAUUACAGAGCUGAUUCAAAAGUUAAAUGGGUUGAUCUGUGUGAUUCUUUUACUUUUUUGCCUAAUGGACGAACAAGAGAAUAUAGAUUUUAUUGUCUACUUAAAUCUAAUAAUAUUUUGGGUGUUUCUAUUCGUGUUGAUUGGAAAAACAGUGCUACCGAGUCUUUUCUUCUAACUAGUUUGGGACAGCGUGUUCAUAGAACGGAUAUUCGUGCUCUUGCAAUUUCUUCGAAAUCUGAUAUAAUUGUAACUGGUUCAAAUGAAUCUGCAAUAGUUUGGGAUUUACAAGAAUUGGUAUCUUUAAAUAAAUUGGUUGCUGAUGGUCUUCAACAGAUUUCUGCUGCUCUGCUUUUUGCUAAUGAUACACAAUUAAUUUUGGGAACUAGAACGGGAUCGUUGUUCUUAUUUAAUCUAAAAACUUGUGAAUUAAUUGAAAAGAGUGAGUCUGUUCACGAUUCUAUUACUGGGCUUUGUGCAUUUCCAAAUAAAGAUGGAUUUGUUUCUUUUGGUCAGGAUAAGAAAGCAAGAUUUUGGUGUUUUGAAAGAGCUAAAGAUUCUUCUGAACGUGAUUAUUUAUCAAUUCGAUCCAAGCGUGUACUAGAACUUCAAGAUGAACCUUUAUGUGCUGCAAUUUCCCCAAACGGCAAAUUUAUUGCAUUUGGCCUUUUAGACAAUACUUCAAGAGUUUUCUUUAUGGAUAGCCUUAAAUAUUUUGUAUCGUUAUAUGGACAUUCAUUACCCAUUUAUUGUAUUGAUAUUUCACAUGAUAGCAAAUUAAUAAUUACUGGUUCUGGAGAUAAAUCUGUACGAAUAUGGGGACUUGAUUUUGGAGAUUGUCAUCGUUCUUUGUUUGCCCAUGAUGGAAACGUGACUUGUGUUCAAUUUUGUAUUAAUAUGGCUGAUGAUGAAAAAUUAUUUUGGUCUGCUGGAAUUAAGCAAUGGGAUGCUGUAACUUUUAAUCAUAUUCAAACUUUAAAUGCUCAUACUGAUCAAAUUGAUGCAAUUGCUCAAAAUUUUGAUAGCAAAAUAUUGAUUUCUGCUUCAAGAGAUAAAUCUGUACGUGUUUGGGAGUUGACUGAUGAAUUAAUUGUCUUGCAGGAAGAAGAGGAAAGGAAAAGAGAAGAAGAUUAUGAGAAGAAAAUGAUAGAAGAGGAAGAUAUUGUCCCUGGUGAAACAAAAAAUUCAGAAAGUGGUCUGGCUACAUUAAAAAGUAUGGAAACAAUUAAAUCGCACAUUCCUCAUAUUUUGUUGAGGGCAUAUCCAAAUGGUGCUUUUCAUUUAUUUAUUGGCGAUACUUUAGAGAAAAUACAAAGAAGUUCACUCGAAAAAUGUUUGUUGUCAUUACCCUUCUCUUAUGUACCUGAAUUACUAACAGAAUUGUGUAAAUGUAUUAAACAAUUUUACAAAACGGAGUUGAUGGAAAGAAUUAUUUUUUAUUUAUUAAGAAUACAUCACAAUCAAAUUGUCCAUUCAAUUGAAUUACUUCCAAUUAUUGAUGAAUUAAAGACGGUUGUCCCAACAAUUAUUGAAUUUUCUGCUAAUCAAAUUGGUUUCAACAUUGCUGCAUUAAAAUUUUUGCAAAUGAGUUUGGAAGAUAAACAAAAAGAAAAAUUAUUUAAACAAGCCUUUAAUUCAACAGAAAGUUUGGGUAGAAGAAAGAAAAUAAAAAAUAAAGAGAAAAAAUAA